AUGUGUCGUUUGGGCCAAGGCGACCAGCGACGAUGGGACUUGACGAGAGCACAGACAGUUGCCUACAAGAAAUCGUGGCAUCCUCAGGACAAGACCAGUCAAUCCAGUGCUGACGGUCAAGCCUAUGGUUGCAAGGAGCGUAGGAUGGCGAUGUUGCUUGUGCCACGUCGAGCAGACAGUCGAUUCUUGCGCAUCCCGUACGAGCGCAACGGGCCUUUUUGGGCCUUGCGGGAUGGCCGCGAAUUCUUGAAGCCGCAGAGGCGGGGCUUGGUCGCAGACCCCGCAGUGCCAGGUGAUACAUGGGCGCCCGGCAAGUACGUGGUCUUUGUGGAAGCCUUGUCGCAUUUCUACGGCGUGGAAGUAUUCGCGGAUGGCGAAACUCUGAUGUACACGUCUUGCAGGCGACACGAAGGGCAAGCAGUGGAUCCGGCACUCUUGAGCAGGCUGCGUGUGGAUGCAAGGUACAGAGUCGUACAUGACGAUGAAGGUAUGCGGGUGAGCACGCGUGGCAGCAGCAUUGCUGCAAGAGAAGAAAAGGCCAGGCCGUCGAGCACGCUCAAUCCCGCAGAAGAUCGGCGCGGAGGUGCUGACGACUCUGACGAGGAGCUGUCUGGCAUGUUCGAUGAAGUGAGCGUGGAGAUCUUUGAUGAGAUCGAGCGCUAUGGCAGGGACUCCAAGGGUGUCCCAGCUUUGCGGCUGCGGCCCUUCUUGGGCUACAGGGCGGCCUGUGCGAGCCUCUACCGCACGGUCACGAAUCACAUCCUUCCGCAGCAGGCAGGGAGCCCGGUCGAGUUGCAGAAGCGAACCCGAGAUGGCGAACAACGCCUGCGGUAUGUGCUCAAGAACGAUGUCCUGGACGCAAACGGCCAGGAGGAUGGCGAAGAAAAAGAAGCAGAGGUCUCUGAUGCAAGCAAGGCGCGGGCCUUGUUCGUGGUGCUGCGUCAGCUGGUUUCCAACACGGCCUGGGCCGUGGAGAGGUCGGCGAUCAAAGCCGAGGCAGGUGAGGGGGAGUGGAAGCAACGGACGCCGGACCUCGAGACCCCGGACUACGAGGUGCUGUACCGGGAUGCCCUGAAUGGCUACGAGGUCCGCGAGUAUGCGCCCUACGCGGUGGUGCGGACCGCGGGCCAAGGUGGCGAAGCGGCCAACAAUCGCUCCUUCUUCAUGCUGGCAGACUACAUCUUCGGCAAGAAGAACGAGAGGAACGAGAAGAUGGCCAUGACCACACCAGUUCAGAUGGACAAGAGCACCGGAACAAUGUCGUUCAUCAUGCCGAGCAAGUACUGGGGGGAGUCCCUCUCCGAAGCGCCUCUGCCCGCCGAAGAUGCCGGCGUGACUCUCCAGGAACGGCCCGGGGAGCGUGUGGCCGUGAGCAUCUUCGGUGGCUACGCCGUGGGUUCCCUAGUAGCGCGGAAGACAGAGGAGCUCUUGGCUUCCGUGGCGGAAAGCGAGGAGUGGGAGUUGGCUGAGAAUGCGACACGGCUGCUGCAGUACAAUGACCCCUUCACCGUUCCCUGGAAGCGUCGAAACGAAGUGAGCGUGCCAGUCCGACAGCGGGCCUAA